AUGAAAAAUGUGCGACGUGAUGCAGGUCAUACACAACUAGAAAAUAGUGUAACAAAUAAUUCAAAUGGAUUAACUUUACUGGAGUUACUGGUUGGCGACGAUGUGUGUAUAGUGGAUGAUAAAAUCGAAGGUUCAUUAGUUGAGUGGUGUAUUUACAAUGAGAAAGUAUUAUGUUCAUUAUUCGAUAGUACUGAUGGAUUCUCCCGAUUAACAUCAUUUCCAACAAAUAGAGCUGGGUUAUCGAUUUUAGGCGGUACAACAGGCACACAUUUAGCUAAUGUUUUGAAAGACUGGUUGAAUGGAAAUGAUGAAUAUGGUUUUCUUUAUCGUAUGAUGUUUUUAUCAGUGUGGUAUAAAUCACCAGUUUGUCCAAGUAAUUUGAAAUUUGCUGAUGCUGGUAUACCGUCGUUUAUUCAUGUUUUUCUUGUUUGCCACUUACUUGGAUCAAUAGAAUAUCGCUUCGAUACCAUUGAUUUGCCAUCACAUAUUAUACCAUUUUAUGCUAAAACAAAUGCUAUUUAUCCAAGUAUUUGUGUGUUACUUAAAUUAUAUAACAAUAUUAUGUCCGUUUUAACUGAAUUACAAGAUAUUAUUGAUUUUGAUGAUAUUUUUCGAGAAAAUGGUGCUAAUACAGAAAAAUGUAUAGCUGCAGCAGUUAAAGUGCUUAAUCAAUUAUUCUUAUCGACAGCGGAGCAAUUUAAGAAAUCUGGUAUGUAUGGUAUUAUUAUAUUGACUUCUAGUCAAGUAUCGCAACAACUUGUGAGUUGGUCUGAUAUAACUUUUGAGCAAAGUGAUAAUAUCACACAAAAUAAAUCUGUAGUAGCCGCACAAACGAAUGUAAAUGUCAGUGAAGAACAACAUACGUCAGCAAUUAUGAUAGCUAAUGUGCAACAAGAAGAAGUUGAUCAUAAUCCUAAUGCUCAAUUAAAUGAUAUGGAAAAUAAUGUUGAUGAAUCAGAUAAUUAUCAAUUAGCCAAUAUUGGCAAUAGUUUAAUAGUAAUUGUUGGUCAACCAGCAAUGAUUAUUAAUGCAGAAGAACUACCAAAUGUAAUGCAUCAAAAAGUGGUAGUAAAACACCUGACACAUAAAAGUAACAAGCACAAAGUGUUAUCGAUGAUAAAAGUAGCAAUCGUAAAAGAAAGGGUAAAAGUUUACUCUAAAUGUCCUCGAGCAACUUUUCGAAUAAAAAAUGCGACAAUCGAAUGGUCUUAUAAUUUUGCUGAAUCAGACGUAGGUAACAUUGGUUCACUGCAAACAUGUCCAUAUACAGGACGUCCAUAUAUCUAUUCGGCAUGUUAUUCAAAUAGUUCAUGGGGUGGUGAAUUCUAUAUUAGUAACUGUACAAAUGACAAUCAAAUAACGACUGAUAAUAAACAAUUUCUAUCAUCAACAUCAACAUCAACAAUAAACACGUUAGGAUUAGAUAAUAAUCAAACUUUUAAUAAUCCAUAUUCGAGUAUGACAAUAAAACAAGUGGCAAAUAUUCCUGAUUUUCAACCACAGAAUAUUACAGAUAUUUUAAUAUAUUUAAAUCAUACACCGAUUUCAUCCUAUAAUAAUUCAUCGAACAUUGUUUAUAUUACCAAUUUAAUCGAUCGUGUGACACAUUUAUCUGGUUAUUCAAAUGUGACAAAUAAGACUCAAUCUGGUUUUUAUUCAAUUGCUGAUAAACUUUUGUCUAGUCCAUCCGUACAACUACAACAAGCACAAGAAACAAAUGGAAGCAUAGCAAAACUAUUGACUACCAUCGAAUCAUUCUCGAAAACUAUUAAAGUUCCCACAACAUCUGUUCUCAAUAAUUUUGCUAUUAGUGUGAUCAAUAUUGAUCAAAAUGUUUCAAAUCCUAUCAUGGGUUUUGCUAUAGAUAAAUUAUCAAAAAAAGUUGAUUAUGUUAAAAUGAAUACUAAUUUAACAAAUUUAUCGAAAUCAACUUUUGUUACAUUGAAUAAAAAUAUUAUUAAAAUUUUACAAACUUCCAUUGCAACAAGUUCACAAUCGACUCAAAUAGCAUUCGCUAUUUAUGAUAAUCAUGCAGCAUUUAAUUUACCUAGUAUUAACAAUAAAAGUCAAAUAAUAAGCAGUGUCGUGUCUGCUGUUGUCGAUCAUAACGUUUAUAAUAACAAAACAUUUACUGAUGUUAUUCAAAUUCACUUUUAUUUACCACAAAAAUAUCCUCGUAAUGUGCAAUGUGUCUAUUUGAAUGUGUUACCAAAUUCACUGGCUGAAUGGUCAACAAAUGGAUGUCAUUUAAUUAAUAAAACAAAUGACAGUGUCCUAUGUAGUUGUGAUCAUUUGACAAAUUUUGCCGUAUUAACUGAUAUUCAGUUAAUACCUAAUGUUGAAUCACUUGAUGUGGCAUUAUCCGUGAUAUCAUUGAUAGGUCUUAUUCUAUCAUCAUUUGGUCUAUUUAUAACUAUUAUUACUUUUAUCCUAUUCAAAAAACUUCGUAAACAUUAUAGUCAAAAAUCAUUAUUAUGUUUAUCAAUUAAUUUACUUCUAUCAAAUCUUUUAUUUUGUAUUAUUGCCAUAAAAACACGAAAUGAAUUAACAACCGUUCCAUGUAUAAUUAUUGCUAGUCUAUUACAUUAUUUUAUUUUAUCAUCAUUCAGUUGGAUGCUUGUUAUGGCUAUAAUUCAAUAUUUAAUGUUUGUCAAAGUAUUUCCAUCGUAUACACCAAAUUUUACGAGGAAAGCAGCAGCAUUUGCACAAAUUGUCUCACUGAUACCUGUUAUCAUUGUUCUUGCUGUUGAUCAUCGAAAUUACACAACUCGAAAAGAUAAUGUAUGUUGGCUGAAUCAAUUACCACUCUAUUUUGCAUUUAUUUUACCCGUAUUAAUUUAUAUCGUUUUAAAUGGAAUUAUAUUUUUUAUUGUUGCGCACGCUCUCUUAUGUGGUAAAGCGUCAAAACAAUUAAGAAGUACACAAGUUGUAGAAACACAACGAAUAUCACGAUUUACGGUUGCUCUUAGUUGUUUCAUUGUAUCAGGUCUUACAUGGAUAUUUGGUUUUCUAACUAUUGGUCCUGUUCGAUAUAUAUUUCAAAUUUUAUUUUGUAUAUUCGGAACAUUAACUGGUUUUUUUAUAUUUUUAUUAUAUAUAUUAACAUCUCGUGCAAAACGAACAUGUUGGGGUGAUGCUUUUCAGAAAAAAAUUUCAACAAUCUAUUCAUCCUCGUCAUCAACCGCAGCAUUUCCAGGAAAAGACUUUUCAUCUUCAUCAAUAUCGAAUUACAAUAAAAAACAUCCUACGAUAUCAUCACAUAAUCAACAAGGUCUCGGUAUUUAUAAUACAAUGGUACGUCAACAACAACCAUUUAUUGAUGCUUAUAUGGAUGAUAAUCUCCUUUCAACUCCUACACAUUUAUUAUCACCAAGAGCAACUAUGAAUUCAACUGCCUAUUUGAAUGAAGAUUCAAUCAUACCUCAAGCGCCUGUACUCCAUCGUUUAAUAUCAUCACCGUAUCAUCAACAAUCACAAGGCUAUCCAACGACGAUAGGUCAUCAUGCAUGGUCUCCCGAAACAAAUUAUAUAUACGAGACAGAUCAUCCACAGUAUCCACAAAAUUAUUCAAUUUAUCAAGCACAUCAAUUAUUACAAAAUCAUGAUUCAACGAAACUGUAA